CAGCCAUGAUGCCAGUCGACGGCGAGCCCCCAAACAUUCAUUCUUCAGCACAUGCCCGCUAGCUGUUCUCUCGCUGCUGUCGCACUCUCCUUGACACUUCCGCGCAUACCAGCAUAGCAUAGUAUCUUGCAUUGAUCUCACACAAAACACCUUCUGAAAAAAUACCCAACCCUUUCAUUCACAAUGGCUGUCGACGCUGCUACCCCCUCUUCGCCCGUUCCGAUCCCUGAAUUGACCAAGAUCGCCACCGAGGCCUGCGACACCGCCCUCAAAGAAGUGACCGAAUACGAACACACCAAAGUCGGCGACUGGAACUCCCAAAUUAUUAACACUAUCCUGAAAGCCCUCAUCACCGCCACCGCCCCCUCCACCCCCUCGACUGCCCCUCCUUACCGCUUCACCGUGAACAGCACCAUCGUGCAACAAGGCCUCAUCGACAAGUCCGCCGCCGCUGACGGCGCGACCAGCAACACCGGCAAGCGUGGGAUGCACUCUGCGUCUGGUGCUUUCUGGGAUGUGAACCGCGAUGGUAUGUGGACGUUCAAGUAUCCUGGCGCUGAGGAACGGGGUCUGGAUGUUGUUGUUAGUGUGACGUGGUUUGCGCUGGGUUAGGUGGGUUGUUUUCUCUGUUUUUUUUUUUUUGGUGAGG